AUGGAGCCCCUUCACAUUCUUGAGGUCAUGUCUUCUUUGCAUUUGCUUGGGCUCGAGCUAUCUCUUCGGCCAUGCGUGAAGAGCCCAGUCCAGGCACAAAAAUAUCUUGUCCGAAAUGCAAGUGCUUCAGAUGUGCAGACGGGCUAUUGUCAGGGCCAUGGUAAAGCCGGCGGAGCCGCGUUCAAGCGCCAGGCUGCAUUCCCAGAUGCACUGCCCGUGCGCAUGAUCGUGCUUUAUGUGCUGCCGAGCACACCUCAAAGCACGCAGGCCGCCACGCACGAGGAUGAUGUCGACUACCUCCAGGUCAUCCUGCCCGCUUGA